CUCCACUGACACUUGGUUUCUGCUUCCAGGUGACUGAGCCUCUUGAUCUGACUUGGUGAAGGCCAGAUGGCCUCGGGAAUUCUCUGGAGAGUGGAAGAGGAAGAUGAGGAGAGUUUGGAACAAGAUCUUUCCAAUAUGAAGCUUCCCUUCAGCCACUUUAAGAAGUCGUUCCCGAUCCACAGGCCUGUGGAUCGGAGGUUUUCUGUCCAGGGCUUCGGUAUCUCCCCAAGAUGUACCAAGCCCACCCUGGUUGAGGAAGGCGACUCGGAAGAGAUUAAGCCUUUCGAAUUUGAAGAAUCGAGUUCUGAGGACACGAGUCCCUCCCCUGUGCCCACCAACUUGCUGCCCCCAUUCAAGUUCUCCCUGAGCCAGCCCAGCAGCAACAUCUUUUCAGAUUUGCUAGAAAGACAGCUGACGAAACUCAGCUUGGCCUCCUUGUCCAAGGGCCACGAGCUGGGGGAGCAGUCCGUCUGCUCCAGCACUUCCAAGCCCCUGGCGCAGAACUUCAUACCUCUGGAUCUGGACAAUCCCGAGCUGGAUGCAGACACUACCUCGACACCCUCAGAGUCUUCUGUGGUGGUGGAUGUGCCCGAAGCCCCCGUCAUCUGUGAGCAUACUGUCAGUGACUCUACAGCUGUGAUCUCCUGGAACAGAAGCCGGGGCAAGCAGCGAGUGAGUUUCUACCAGGUUCUCCUUCAGGAAAUGGAGCUGAGGAGGGAAAGGAUAAAGAACGAGAUGCCCAAGGAAAAACACCACCCCUGGAUCUUCAACCAGAUCAUAGGCACCACGGUCAAGCUUAUGGAACUGCAGCCAAACACCAAGUAUUACAUCAGCGUUCGAGCCGCUAACCCAGCAGGUCCAGGGAAAUGGUGCAAGCCCUAUAAAUUUUCCACUGUGGCCGCUGAUGUAAAUGGCUUCCCCAGGGAGAACCCCAUCAAAAUCACGGUGCUUCGUCGAGAACCUCAGAGGAAAACGGUCUAUGUCGGGAUCAAAGAGUUGAGGAAACUGGAGGACCUGGAGUUUAUUUUUCCACACUAAGAGGGGGCCCCCCAGCCAUUCACAUCUUUAUUCGGGCCCUGCUCGGGGCCCCUCAGGAGCCACAACCAGCACCAACAUGGAGCAUGGCCCUGAUGAGCCCCUCCUCUGGGCGCCCACGGCCCUGGACUGCUCUGGCUUCCUGCCCCUCGGGUCCCUGGCAGGGACUUGGCCCAGCUGGGCACCCUGCUUAUCUCAAGCCUCAAGCUGGCCGGCAGCCAGGCUGAGUCACUGGCCAUAGCUUCUGGCAAGCCCCUUCCUUCCCCUCAGACCUGGCCUUAUGGGGGAGGGGGUCCCCAUUAAAGAGCUAUAAACUCAGUUGGGCCCCCAGGGUACUGGAUUUGACAUGAAGGGGACAUCCCAGAAUCAGAGAGAGAAAUUGUAAAGAUUAAAGAAUGUAUAUUGAGUCACGAGUCUGGCUCUCUGCUA